GCAGGAAUACACCGUAGAAGCUCUGCUGGCCCAUUAUUAUCCUUCUAGGGUCCUGCACUCGACCGCUGAAAGGUGAGCGAGGGGCACCAUCACCAAAUAGGGAUAGGAGCAUUAUCCGAGUGGGUUAACCCUAGCAGGGGAUAUUUGAUCAUGAGAGUAUCGACUGUGCGCUGUGUAAGAGAGGGGAUGUAUAAUGUUCCCAAGAAGAUAUGACGAUUAACUACGGUGUACUUUGGAGUCAACCAACCAACAAAACUAACCAUCAUGUCAAUCAUGAUCCAAAUCUAUCCCAGAUCACAUCAUGAGUCUCGAUAACUCACCAGGGGAAACAUGUAGGAUGCUGCCCAAUGUUAUGCAUAUGAAGAGUAAAUUUUCUUUUUUUCUUGCUCGGAUCAUUUUUUCGGAUAUUGAGAUCAUUGUGUUUCUUUUCGAUUUUCUUUUUUAUUUUUUAUUUUUUAUUUUCUUUAUUUUUUUCCUUCUCACAUUUUCCAUUUCCCAUUUUUUGCCUUUUUCAGUAGCAGUAAUAGUGGGUGCAAAAUGGAAAAUGGAGAGUGGAUAAGAUUCUCCCUCACAUCAACCCAAGACCUCUAACAAACGGUCGAUUUCAGCCAGUCGAAGGAGGCCCCCCGGCUGAACCGGGUUGACGGGUUGGAAGUCUACUACUGUACGGCCCAUGUGGGCUGCAGUGGGCUGGGCUACUGCUUUGUUUUGUUGUCUGUUCCUUUAGCUGUGUAGAUAGUUUGUAUGAUUUUUCUAUUUAUUUUAUUUAUUCUAUUAUAUUUUUAUUCAUCACUUUGCAGUUAG